GGCGGGGGCCCAGGGUGGCGUCCACCACUGCUGAGGGGGAUAGGCGGGCUCUGCUGCCUCAGUUUCCUCCCUGCGCCGCGCUGGGUCCCUCCAGCCCUGAAGAGCGUCCAACCUCUGUGGUCUGCCCAGAUACCACCACGGAGAUGCCAGACGUGAAGGAGAGGGCGGCCCGAAAGCAGCCCGGCGCGGCAGAGGGCCCCUCCCGUGAGCCCCGCGCGGGACACCCCAGGGAGGACGCGAGCGGCGCCCAGGGCCACCGAUCGCGUCUGACGGACAGAGGCCAUGAAGUCUCCAAGCUCGACGGCCACUUGGAAGAGAAGAGUCUGUCUUCCAGCAGCCUGGAAGCCACUGGCAAGGAGACGAUGCCCAGCGACUUCUGGGAACACCUGAAAGAGCAGCUGUCAGCUGUGCCCCCGGACUUCAGCUGUGCGCUUGACCUUCUGAAGGAGAUCAAGGAGAUCCUGUUGUCACUGCUGCUGCCACGCCAGAGCCGCCUGAGGAGCGAGAUCGAGGAGGCUCUGGACAUGGACUACCUCCAGCAGCAAGCGGACUGUGGGGACCUGAAUGUCACCCACCUCUCUAAGUACAUUCUCAACAUGAUGGUCUUGCUGUGCGCCCCGGUCCGGGAUGAGGCCGUCCAGAGACUGGAAACCAUUGCGGAUCCCGUCCGGCUGCUGAGGGGGAUCUUCCAAGUCCUGGGACUCAUGAAGAGGGACAUGGUGAACUACACCAUCCACAGCCUCCAGCCCCAGCUGCAGGAGCAUUCCAUCCAGUUUGAGCGGGCUCAGUUCCAGGAGCGUCUCAACAAGGAGCCUAAUCUCCUGGACCACACCACCAAGUGGCUCACCCAAGCAGCUGCAGAGCUCACUAGCUCCACAGCAAGUUGCCAUGACUCCCCGGACUCCACCAGCGCAGCUCCCAGUGACGCGGAUGCCCCAGAGCCACUCAGUCCUGCGAUGGUGCUGUCCCAGGGCUUCUUGAACCUCCUCAUGUGGGACCCUGGGGAUGACGAGUUCCCUGAGACUCUGCUGCCAGACAGAGCUCGGCUACAGGAGCUGGAGUCACAGCUGAGCCAGCUCACCAUCCUGGCCUCCGUCCUGCUGGUGGCCAGCAGCUUCUCUGGCAGUGUUCUGUUCGGCUCGCCUCAGUUUGUGGAUAAACUGAAACGAAUAACUAAGUCCCUGGUGGAGGACUUCAACUCCAGCCCUGAGGAGGUGAUGCACACUGUGACUGAGCAGGUGACCCAGGAAAUCCACCAGAGCCUCAAGAAUAUGGGCCUUGCUGCUUUGAGCAGCGACAACACGGAGUCCCUGAUAGGGCAGCUACAGAACAUUGCCAAGAAGGAAAACUGUGUCCGCAGCGUCAUUGAUCAGCGCAUCCACUUGUUUCUCAAGUGCUGCUUGGUUCUGGGCGUGCAGCGCUCCCUCCUGGACCUCCCCGGAGGCCUCACCCUGAUUGAAGCGGAGCUGGCAGAACUGGGCCAGAAGUUUGUCAGCCUGACGUCUCACAAUCAGCAGGUGUUUGGCCCUUACUACACAGACAUCUUGAAAACGCUUGGCUCCCCUGCCCAGACUCUGACAACGAAAGUGGGGUCUCUCUGAGGGCGUCGUCAGCUUCGAGCCCUGGCAUCACGGACCCGGGAGAGAGGCCCUGGGUGUUCCUGAGGUGGCAUCGCCACUGAGCCGCAGAGCAGUGAGUCCCCUCUGCCCCCUGCAGCCAGCACAGCUUGUAAACACCAACUGGCCCAAACCCGCUCCCUAAUAAACUCCUGAACAGCA